CUAUACCCCAGAGUGGUAGCGGGUGGGCCGUUCAGUUCAUAAACACCCAGCUUUCCCCAGUGUUGAUCUUAGUAUCAUUCCGAGUGCUCAGACACAUUCAAUUCACGACUGCUUCACUCAGACCUCAUCCCACUUCAUGCAAAUCAUAGCGGCCUGACUUCAAAAUGUCUUACGAACCGAGAAACGACCUUGAAUCGGCUCACUCGCCGGAGAAGAAGAAUGACUAUGAUCUUCAACCUCAAGAGACACAUCGCAGGGGCAGCGUGUUCAGCACAAGUGGUCGCCGUAUGAGUAUCAGCGACGAGGUCUUCGGUGAGAUCACAGAAGACGGCCCGAACUACCGCAAUGUUGGUUGGAUGGGCACUGUCGUCGUGAUGAUCAAGACACAGAUUGGGUUGGGCGUGCUAUCUAUUCCCUCUGCAUUUGAUGCGCUCGGUCUCAUCCCCGGUGUCAUCUGUUUGCUCGCAGUAGCCGGCGUGAUUACCUGGGGUAAUCACGUCGUUGGCACCUUCAAACGCAACCACCCUGAGGUGUACAGUAUUGUGGAUGUGGGAGAGAAAUUGGGAGGAAAAUUUGGCAAGGAGUUUAUGUGCGUGGCGUUUAUGCUUUGGUGGAUUUGCGUCGCAGCUGCUGGCUACUCCAGUAUUUCGACUGCCCUGAACGCGCUAUCACUUCACGGAGCUUGCACCGCUAUCUUUGUAGUCGUAGCUGCCAUCAUCGGAUUUAUGACUGGCUCGAUCCGGACACUUGGAAAGAUCUCUUGGUUGGCAUGGGCUGGCGUAGUGUCGAUCAUCGUCGCUCUUCUCACGUUGACCAUCUCUGUCGGUGUCCAGGAUCGUCCUGCUGAAGCGCCCCAGACCGGACCUUAUACUUCGAACUACCAGUUGAUUGGCAGCCCGACCUUCACCCAAGGCAUGGGCGCCAUUAACACGUUCGUUUUUGCGUAUGCCGGUACCCCAGCCUUUUUCGCCAUCAUCUCCGAAAUGCGCAAUCCCAAGGACUACAACAAAGCCAUGUACAUUUGCCAAAGUUUCAUGACUGUGGUUUACCUUAUCGUCGGUAUUGUGGUUUACUACUUCUGCGGCUCAUACGUCUCGUCUCCUGCCCUUGGCUCUGCUGGUCCUCUUCUCAAACGCGUCUGCUACGGCCUUGCACUGCCCGGACUCAUCGCUUCCACAUGUCUCGUCACUCAUUAUCCCGCGAAGUACGUCUUCCUGCGCGCACUGAAGGGCUCGAAGCAUCUCGUCUCGAACUCGCGGGUCCACUGGAUGACAUGGUUGUCCUGCACAUUUGGCGUAACUGUUUGCGCCUACAUCAUUUGCUCGGCCGUGCCCAACUUUGGCUCUCUCAUCUCGUUGGUCGGCUCGCUUCUCGCUACAUUCAUGUCCAUGCAGCCUCUUGGCGCAAUGUGGCUAUACGACAACUUCAAGCGGCCUAUCAAGGGCACCAAGUGGACGAUCGGUGUUGCGUUCGCAUCGUUUGUCAUCAUCAUCGGUACCUUCAUCAUGGUUGCUGGUUCAUACAGCGCUAUUGAUGGGAUCAUUGCGGACUACAAUUCUGGGAGCUCGGGGGCUUGGUCUUGUGCCGACAACUCCAACUCUGUCUAGGUGCAUCGGGCGAUUUAUUUCAAAUCGUGCCGAUC